CCUCUCACCAUCCGCCUCACUGCCCGACAGCAAGUUGGGAUGAAAACAAAAACGGAAACUUGAAUUUGUCUCCAAAAAUGGAGUCAAAAUAAUAAUAAAAAAAGUAUUGUUAUUAUUGUUUUUGAAGGAGUAGCUAACCCUUCACAUGAAGAUGUCUAACACGACGAGGAGCGGAGACAUCAUCCACCUGAAUGUAGGGGGAAAGAGGUUCAGCACCUCCCGGCAGACACUGAUGUGGGUUCCUGACUCCUUUUUCUCCAGUCUUCUGAGCGGUCGGAUCUCAACUCUGAAGGAUGAAACCGGAGCUAUCUUCAUUGACAGGGACCCCUCUCUGUUCGCCACCAUCCUCAACUUCCUGCGGACCAAAGAGCUGUACCCGCGCUCCAUCAGCGUGCACAUGCUCAUGCACGAGGCCGAGUUCUACGGCAUCACGCCGCUGGUGCGUAAGCUGCAGCUGUGUGACGAGCUGGAUCGAUCCUCGUGUGGGAACGUGCUGUUCAACGGCUACCUGCCGCCUCCAGUGUACCCGGCCAAGCGGCGUAACCGUCACAGCGUGGCGGGAUCUCAGUUCAUGGCGGGCCGAGUGGCGCCGGCAGAGAGAGCCCCGGUCAGACGCAGCAACACCAUGCCCCCCAACCUGGGGAACUCGGGGAUCCUGGGGGGCCGGGCCAGCACGGAGGAGAGGACACCAGGAGGUCAGUUGUCCGAUACGGGCAUGGUCCGGAUCAUCUGCGGUCAUCACAACUGGAUAGCUGUGGCCUACGCCCAGUUCGUCGUCUGCUACAGGGUGAAGGAGUCCACUGGGUGGCAGCAGGUCUUCACCUCUCCCCGUCUGGACUGGGUGAUCGACCGAGUGGCGCUGAACGCCAAGGUGAUGGCCGGCUCGCUGGGAGACAACGACAAGAUGGUGGCCGUGGCCUCGGGGACCGAGAUCAUCCUGUGGGCCAUCUGCCCCGACGGCAACGGGAACGAAAUCGGUGUCUUCAGUCUGAACGUGCCGGUGGAGGCCCUCUUCUUCGUUGGUAACCAGCUGAUCGCCACCAGCCACACGGGGAAGGUUGGCGUUUGGAACGCCGUCACCAAACACUGGCAGAAUCAGGACGUGGUUCCCAUCAGCAGCUACGACACGGCCGGCUCCUUCCUCAUCCUGGGCUGCAACAACGGCUCCAUCUACUACAUCGAUGUGCAGAAAUUUCCUCUGAGGAUGAAGGACAACGAUCUGCUGGUGACGGAGCUGUACCGAGACCCGACCGAAGACGCCAUCACCGCUCUCAGUGUCUACCUAACUCCCAAAACCAGCGACAGCGGGAACUGGAUCGAGAUUGCGUACGGGACCAGCUCCGGGACGGUCCGGGUCAUCGUUCAGCACCCGGAGACGGUGGGCUCGGGGCCACAGCUCUUCCAGACCUUCUCCGUGCACCGCAGCCCCGUCACCAAGAUCAUGCUGUCGGAGAAACACCUCAUCUCAGUUUGUGCCGACAACAACCACGUGCGGACGUGGACGGUGACUCGCUUCAGAGGGAUGAUCUCCACGCAGCCGGGCUCCACGCCGCUCACCUCCUUCAAGAUCCUCAGCCUGGACGACGUGGACGGACACGGGGGCUGCAGCGCCGGGACAGAGAUAGGUCCGUACGGAGAGCGAGACGACCAGCAGGUGUUCAUCCAGAGAGUCGUACCGGACACCGACAAACUCUACGUCAGGCUGUCGUCCAAUGGGAAGAGGGUGUGUGAGGUACGUUCGGUGGACGGGACGUCCAUCACGGCCUUCAUGGUCCACGAGUGCGAGGGCUCGAGUCGCAUCGGCUCCCGGCCGCGCCGCUACCUGUUCAGUGGCCACGGCAACGGCAGCAUCCAGAUGUGGGACCUGACCACGGCCAUGGAAAUCGCCGGCAAGGUCGACAUCCGCGCGCUGGGCGGGCCAACCGAGGAGGAGCUGCUGGAGCUGCUGGACCAGUGUGACCUGGCUCUGGCCCGAACACCUGACAGCACGCCGAGAGCCUCCACCUGCAGCCUCUACUCUCAGCUCAGCGACGUCUUCAGGACGGAGCGCCACCACUCGGCCGCAGCAGCAGCAGGAGGAGCAGCAGGAGGAGUUCGAGGAGGACCGGGAGCUUCGGGGUCGUCGGCCUCUCUGUACGGCAGCCUCCCGCGCCAGGCUCCGCCCCCUGUGCCUCUCGCCAAACCGCUCCGAGACUCGGCCCUGCCCCUCUCCGGGCCGCAGGCGCUCGCCAUACCCGCCUACGUCCCCCCGAACCCGGCCUCCAGCCCGCGGCCGCCCAGACAGCCGGACCGGGACCAGAACCGGGACUGGGCCUCUGUACGCAGGGGGAGCUUCGUGGAGCGCUGCCAGGAGCUCGCCAAGGGCUCGGAGGCCGCAGCGGGCUCUGGGUCGGAGGGCACCCGGCGCAGCUUGGCGGUGUGCAGCGAGCUGGAGGCCCGGUUCGGCCUCAGGACCCCGACCACCUUCUCGGUGUCGCCCGGCGCACGCCACUCCCCGGCAACACCUUCAUCCCUGUCGUCGUCAUCGUCGCCGCUGUCCUCCUCGUCUUCUUCGUCUUCGCACCGCAGGGCCACGCCCACUCCGCCAACAAGCCCCGCCCCCACCGCAACUACCGCCGCCGCAGUGAGCCCGACUCAGUCCCAAGUGCCCGCCUCCCCUCGCAGCAGCGCCACGGCGUCCCCCACCGAAGCACCGGCGUCCCCGGUGACCACGGACAGCCCCGCCGACGGCGCCACCGGCCCCCCAACCAGCCCCAAACCGCACAUGAACGAGACCAGCUUCUGAUUGGCCGCUCAGACCGGACCGCAGAACGUCAGGACACACGGGGACAUUUGGAUUGGUGUUUGAGACGAGACAGCGCUUCUCGAUUAUGGAACAAAAACCUUAAACUGCGAUUAUUUUUGGUCAAUAUUGAGAUCAGGAUUAUUUAACACGAUUAAUCGCUGACUUUUGGACAGAUGUUGCGUUUGUUGAAAUUAAAAAAACGGUAAAAACGCCUCCAACUGUCAAAUUUCCCUUCAAUACUUUUACCCGUUUGAACAUAUUUUUUUGGCAUCUAGAACACGAGACAAAACGAGUUUACUUUUCUAACCCUUGUGUUGACUAGCGCUGUGCCCUAAUAUAUAUAUAUAUAUAUAUAUAUAUUAGGGCUGUGCUCCUUUGAAGAACUUCUUAGUUGACUAACACUCAUUCAAUUGUAUCGACUAAUCGAUUAGUUGAUUUAAUCGACAGAUCUGUAAAUCUGAGCUCUUCCGCAAAGAGUUGUGCUAGAAGCACCACUUUAAUUCUUGUGUUUACCAGAGAUGUGCUCGUACGUUUCUUGGAAAUAAGUCAUUCAGCAUGAAAAAAGAGCAUCAAACAUGACUAAUGGACUAAAGAGAUCUAAGUUGACUGAGACCAAAACGACCGAUUAGUCGACUAAUCGACUAAGAGGGAGCAGCCCUGGUCAGGACAGACGAGACAGCGCUGCUCGAUUCUGGAAUAAAAACCUUAACCGCGAUUAUUUUUGGUCAAUAUUGAGAUCAGGAUUAUUUAAAGGGGCUCUAAGAGAUGUUGGGCGAGGUCACUUACUGUUGACGUUCGAAGAAUUGUCUAAGUCUGAGUCUGUAAAAAUAAAAAAACAAGUUUGUAUCAAAGCUUUAUUUUUUUAAUUUGUUUGAUUGCAGUCCGACAGCGUUGUAACUUCAGUCCCACUGUGACCAACAGAAUGACGCCUUCGGUCUGUUCAUGUCUUUUACAGAGCCGAGCCUGAACGCAGCCAAUCAGGCUUCAGCUCGGUCACAGCUUUGUUCUUAACUUUAAAGCGCACGUGUCAAACUCGAGGCCCGCGGACCAAACCCGGGCCCCACACAGGUUUUGAUCCGGCCCGCAUGUCAAUUUAGGUUCAGAAUCAGUUUUGGACCACCUAGUUUUGACACCUUUUUUCGACAUUUUUGACAAACUCUUUUUCGACAUUUUUGACACCUUAGUUUCAACAUUUUUGACGAAAUGUUUUGACAUUUUUUUAAGGCUUUUUCCAACGUUGUUGACAAUUUUUUUCUGCAGAUUUUGCCGAUUGUUUUCAGUCAUUUAGGCGCCUUCUUUUAAAUGUUUUUUACGCUUUUUUUCAAAGUUUUUGUCACUUUUAUAGACAAUUUUCAUAGGCACUUUUGUUGCUAUUUUUCCUAAAAAAAAAUUCAUUUUUGUGGGGGCUUUAUGAGACCCAAACUGUAAGUGAGAAAGCUAUAUGAGACAUGCAAUAAUAUACAGUCCCAAUAUUUGACUUUUUCUCCUAAAUAAAAGCGUGUCAGUAACCUUUACAUGUCUGGCUUUUUCAAAUACGCCGCACUUUCGCCGCAUAAAUUGCCGAUUUCUGCGCAAAAUAUGCGGGGCUUGCAUGACCU